GCACUUGUCUUUCCCCCUCUACGCCCUUAAUUCGGCUUCUUCGCUUUUCAAACAGAGCAGAGACCUCUUAACCGGACGGAAAUGGAGGAAGUCAGAGACGAGCCAGGACCACAUUCUUCACUAACCGAACGCAUCGACGACGAUGACGAUCAGCCGACUCUGAGCGCUCAAGCUCUCGAAGCUCUUAGGGAGUUCUUCCGUGAACAAAACCGCGCCCCGGUCGCCGACGACGACACGUCAUCGUCGGAAGUUGCGCUUUUGGCGGAGGACUGGAGGCUGAGCCAGUUCUGGUACGAUCGCGACACUGCCGAGACCGUCGCCAGAGAAGUUCUCUCCCUUUGCUGCUCCGUCGAGUCUCCUUCCGUCGCUUGCAUAGCUUGCCCCACCCUAUACGCCUAUCUAAAGAAAAUUGAUCCUAGUGUAUCUGCCCAACUUCUCGAGUAUGACAAACGUUUUGAGCAAUAUGGAAGUGAGUUCACCUUCUAUGACUACAAUCAACCAGAAGAGCUUCCAUCAUCAUUGAAGAAUGCAUAUCAAAUUGUGGUUGCAGAUCCUCCUUAUCUGAGCAAAGAAUGCUUGGAGAUGGUUACUCAGACAAUAUCUUUUCUCAUGAGACCAGGAAAAUCUUAUUUGCUUCUACUCACAGGAGAAGUGCAAAAGGAUAGAGCAGCAGAGCUCCUUGAUUUGUAUCCAUGUGGUUUUCGGCCUCAGCACUCUAGCAAACUCGGCAAUGAGUUCCUUCUGUUCACAAACUAUGACCCUGGAAUGAGAUUAGGUGGGUGGGAACGUGACCAGUAGAUAGAUAUCCUGGGGUUCCUACAUCACCCAAUUCACCCUGGUUCCAAUCUUACAGUGUGGGUAAGAUCAUAGUUUUCUCCAAAUAUGGCCUCUUGAUCAAUGGUUGGGCUGCGGAAGACUCGCUGCGAAUGUAAACUUAAUGGCUUUCUCCUCUCUUUGGUCAGAUUGAGGGAGGACUCCCACACCAUGUAACAAGUUAAAUUUGCAGGCGAAACUAGUUAGUGUUAUGUUGUUUCUCA